UGGGCACUAACCAGAUCCAGCCCGACACAGAGAGGAACUCUCCGUGGAGAGGACAUAGAGCUUUCCAUUUGGGCAAUUCCAAGCCCCUCUCAGCCAUUCAGCAGAUGUCCAGCAAGAUGUCAAGUGGCAGUGACAUAGGGCAGGCCCGCCGGGCAGUGGAGCAGCUGCGGAUGGAAGCUGGCAUUGACCGUGUCCAGGUAUCCAAGGCAGCAGGGGAGCUCUUGCAGUACUGUGUGGAACAUGCCAAAAGUGACCCAUUCCUCAUGGGCAUCCCAGCUGCUGUCAACCCCUUCAAGGAGAAGAAGCCUUGCACCAUUCUGUGAUCCCCUCUCUAGGAACCCUUGUACCUUGAGAUAUCUCCAUUGUGAGAUCCUUUCCCUCAAAUUCCUGAAUCAACUCAAUUCCUAUCAAGAGAUUCCUUAUCUCUCUAUCCUAAGAUGCCCUGACCAUCAGGUCCCUGUGGCCUGAGAUAUCCCCCACUCCCCAAAAUCCCUGAGUCCUGAGCCAUUCCCAUCCUGCGAUACCCCUUUCUACGUGACCUCCUUUCCUUUCCCUUCAAUCCCACAUGGGGUGUAAAAGCCCCAGGAAAAUCUGUGGUUCAGGCUUUAUUAAAGAUGAGAUCCUUAA